AACCCCUUCUGGGAAACCUGGGAGCCUUUCUCCUUCAAGAGCUCCUGCAACUAUAGCUAGCUAGAUCUCCCUCUCUCUCUCUCUCUCUCUCUCUCUUUCUCUCUCUCUCCCUCUCCGUUGCUCACCUGCGCGCAGGAGACCGGGUGGCCGGCCGGCCGGCUCCGGAGUCGCUGUCGCCGCUACGUACGUUGCAGAGAUCGAUGGGGAGGGGCAAGAUAGUGAUCCGGAGGAUCGACAACUCGACGAGCCGCCAGGUGACGUUCUCAAAGCGGCGCAACGGGAUCUUCAAGAAGGCGAAGGAGCUGGCCAUCCUUUGCGACGCCGAGGUCGGCCUCGUCAUCUUCUCCAGCACCGGCCGCCUCUACGAGUAUGCCAGCACCAGCAUGAAGUCAGUGAUAGAUCGAUAUGGACGAGCAAAGGAUGAACAGCAGCACGUGGCAAACCCCAACUCGGAGCUGAAGUUCUGGCAAAGGGAGGCAGCAAGCUUGAGACAACAACUGCACAACUUACAAGAAAAUCACCGGCAGUUGAUGGGGCAAGAUCUUUCUGGAUUGGGUGUCAAGGAACUGCAAACUCUAGAAAACCAGCUGGAAAUGAGUGUACGCUGCAUCCGGACAAAAAAGGACCAGCUAAUGAUUGAUGAAAUCCACGAAUUGAAUCGAAAGGGAAGUCUGAUCCACCAAGAAAACAUGGAACUAUACAGAAAGGUCAACCUGAUUCGCCAAGAAAAUGCUGAGUUGUACAAGAAGCUAUACGAGACAGGGGCAGAAACUGAAGUGAACCAAGAUUCAACAACUCCAUACAACUUUGCAGUUAUUGAGGAUGCCAACACUCCUGUUCGUCUUGAACUCAAUCCCCCACGCCAGCAAAAUGAAGCUGAGAAAAGUGCACCUCCUAAACUAGGGCUCCAAUUGCAUCCGUGAUGGUUUAUGAUGUGGGGUACUGCUCAUAUUUUAAUCAUUGGGCUACAGUUCAGAGUAGCUACAAUGUUAUUGGUUAUAAAGAAACUAACACAUAACAAGACAUGAACAGUUUGCAUGCUUGGAUGAUUGAUAUCUGGUACUGUAAGGCUAUUCGAAUAAAUAUGUAUUUCUCUGAAGAGCCCACAAAAAUGAUUCUUAUAACUAUUUGGCAUGUUCUGCCAGUUUGUUUACCCCAAGACAGCUACAUAUAUUUGUGCAAAUUUGGUGACAAAACAAACGGUGAGCAAAGUUAAGACUCUGUUCUAUCUUAAAAGGCUGCAGAAGAGAUGAAAUGGCAUUCUAUUUCAUCCAUGCAUCAGGUAUAAUAGAAUACAGAAAGUAUUGUAUCAAUGUUUAACCUUUCUUGUUAAUAUUUUUAUAUACAUAUGUGCGUGCUAAAAUCUUUUUUAGCGUUCUAAUCAAUGUUAUCAGAUCAUCCAAUUA